CUGACGCCCAGGCUGCGCGCACGAGGUCCCGGUGCGCGCCCCGCCGGCCCCAGCGCCGGAGCCAGAGAGAGAGAAGGAGCCCGGCUGCCGGCAGCCCGCGCCCGCCUCCUGCCCGGAGCAGCCGCCCGAAGAUGCCCCUCCGCAGCCUGCACGCGGCUGCCGUCCUCCUACUCGUGGUCUUAAAGGAACAGCCUUCUAACCCAGCCCCACUCAACGGAUCCAAGUGGACGUAUAUAGGUUCCGACGGGGAGGAGAGCUGGUCCAAGAGCUACCCAUCAUGUGGGGGCCUGACGCAGUCCCCAAUAGACCUGCACGAUGACAUCCUCCAGUACAACGCCAGCCUUGUGCCCCUUGGCUUCCAAGGCUACAGUGAGUCUGCCAACCAGCAAUUUGUCCUGACCAACAAUGGCCAUUCAGUGAAGGUGAAACUGCCCAAGGACAUGCACAUCCAGGGCCUCGGGGCCCGCUACAAUGCCUCGCAGCUGCACCUGCACUGGGGGGACCAGAAGGAACCUCACGGCUCAGAGCACACUGUGGGUGGGAAGCACUUUGCUGCCGAGCUGCAUAUGGUCUAUUAUAACUCGGACCUGUACCCCAGUGCCAGCAUCGCCAUUGACAAGCCAGAAGGCCUCGCAGUCCUAGCUGUUUUCAUAGAGAUGGGCUCCUUCAAUCCAUCAUACGACAAGAUCUUCAGUCACCUUGAAGAUGUAAAGUACAAAGGCCAAGAAGUGUCCAUUCCGGGUUUCAGCAUUGAAGAGCUGCUGCCGAAGAGGCCUGAGGAGUACUACCGCUACCAAGGGUCCCUGACCACACCUCCUUGCUACCCGACCGUGCUCUGGACGGUUUUCCGGAACCCUGUGGAAAUUUCCCAGCAGCAGCUGAUGGAUUUGGAGACAGCCCUGUACUGCACACGGGUGGAUGACCCGUCCCCUAGAGAGAUGAUCAACAACUUCCGGCAGGUCCAGAAAUUUGAGGAGAGGCUGGUGUACGUCUCCUUCCGAAGUGAAGCAGCAAAAAAGUUGCCAACAAAGGCGUCAUCUACAAACCGGCCAUCAAACAGGAGACUGAGACCCAUGCCUGAGGCCCUGGCAUGCCCAGGCGUGUCCAAGGAAGGACUCGGCUUUGGACACAACCUGCUGUGGCUCCCUGGACACUUGAAAUACCUGAGGGCUCUCUGGAGUUCCACCCACAAGCACUCCAGACCCUUGGGGGACCCCACCAUCCUGAUGCCAUGCCACCCCCAGUGGGAGCGUGGAUGGGGAAAGCUUGCCUAGGAGGUAGAAAGUCUGAGCUGUCUGCUUCGUGAGUGUGAGACCAUGAAGUGGUCCGGAUUCGGGGAGCACAAACCACGUCGCCCGCUGCGGGCCGUUAAUGGUUAGAAAACACUCUCAUCCAGGGCUUCACUUGAAUGUGGUUUCAAGUGUCCUGGGAAUUCUGCUUCUUGUCCAUGCUUUCAGACCAGAACACGGACUCUCUCUGCACUCAGACUUAGGCUCUGCUCUUGAGACUCAGUUUCCUUCCUCAGGGAAGGGCUUGUUGUCUGCUUUCCUUCUGCUAUGACAAAACCUUUAGUCUGACCUUACAGCUGGGGGGACGGGGGUAACAGGAAGGGUCAACGUGUCCGAGACAAAAAGAAAACAAGAGAUAUACUUUGCAAUAUAGUAGAGGCAUUUUCCAAGUCCUGCCCUUUGUUUGUUUGUUUGUCUGUUUAACUUCUUUAUUGGAGUAUAAUUGCUUUACAAUUGAAUCAGAUGCACUGAAUGGCCCUCAGAGAGAGAGAAGACACGUAAGAUCUGGAAGAGUCUCACUUUGGAAUGAGAACUGGAAUCAGAAGUUGCUUGUCAAGCCCUAAGUGUGAGGACAGAAUAUUAAGCCCGACCCAACCUCCUGUCAGGGGUGUCGUUAUGUUUCGUACUUUACGGAUUUUAUAAAUAAUUUGGCUAUUCCUUGAAAAUGUGUUGUUGCCUUCUCUCUCCUCAAGGAGACGUGAACUCUGAGAUGACCUAAGCUGCUUUUGUGUCUAAAGGAAACAGAAGCAAAAUGGUUGAAGAGCUUUGUCUCUCCUGCCCAAAUUUUAUCUCUGCCACCUUUGUGGUCUGUGUCCCUACUGUCAACCUGGAAUUGGGACCUACCAACUUCUCUGACUUGGAAGAAGACAUCGAGCCAUGGCUGAGUGAAAGUAUAUUUUCAAACUAUGAAAGCAGGAAGUGAUCUGUGCAGGGGCUGGCAUCAUGGCAUUCAGGGACCAGAAAUAAUGGAAAGUUACAAAGAUCCUUCAUGGUCUUUCCCCCAAGUGACAGUUUCUGAGAUGACGUAACUCCUUUAUUCUCCGCCCACCGAUGUAAGAGCCCAGCAGAGACCAGUUAGUUCCAAGACUGAGAAGGAGCCCCCCCACCUCAACCUCUCCUGGCUGACACCCUGCAGUUCACAGAGCACCUUCUAAUUCCCGCUCUCAUUUUGACAGCAUGAGAUGUCCUCCUGAAGCAUAGGUUUCUUUAGAUCGUCUUUUUCCCUCUCCUCCUCCCUUGACUCUGAGAAGUCUGCUCUCUUCUCCACUGUCUUAACUUUCUGUAGUGAUGGCAAGCCCUAUGUCUUUGUAGCUUGUUUGCUAGGUGGAGUUACAGAUGGAGACUCGGGGGUGUGUGUGUGUGUGUGUGUGCGCGCGUGCGCGCGUGCAUGAGACCUCUGACCGCCCUGGAGCCAGGGGUGGCAUCCGGCCUCGCCGUUUGCACACCAGCCUGAUGCUGAUCAAGUGACGGCAGCGACAGCCCUCAGGACGGAGCGGUGGGAAUUAGACGACGCUUUCUUGGCCUUGUCCCAAAGCUGCCAAUCAGAAAUCAACAAAAAGCACUCCAGAGCUGUGAGGUCUCUACAGCUUUUAGGGACAGAUUUUGUGAGAGCACAGAGACAGCAUCGUACCUGGCACAAUGGCUGUUCAUAAAAAGGGAGAGUUAUGGGGGAGGUGAAAACGGUGACAGUUUUCCUGCCCUCUCCCUCCUCAGCACAGCUUGGGCUCUCGGCCCUCUUGGCU